AUGCCCGAUACCGCUCUUCCCUCUACAGUCAAAGAUGAUGGAGAUGAAGCACCACUUGGAUUUGAAUCUAUCUUAGAAGAAAUCCAAGAGUCCUUUGCUCAUGCUAAAGAUGGCCAGAUUCAGGAAAGAGUAUUUCGAAAUACAUUCGAGUACGUAAAAAGGAAUACCCCUAGUAGACAUUGGUUCUGUGAUAAGUAUAUGUCACCUGUUGUGUUGCACCUUAUGAUAGUAUUUUCAUUUCCUCUAAAUGAUCCACAGAUAUGGAUUAGAGAGAAGAUAGAGGAAAACUGUCAUAACUGUGAACUAUGUACUCUUGAAUAUCACAAGCUAAAGGUAAUAUUAAGAAAUAGACUUUUAUUUGAACAAAAAAUUCCCGUUGUACAAGUGGAUAAGUUUAUGAAUAUCAUUAACACUUGGGAAGCUGACUCUGCUGCUAAAGUUUUAAUUCCGUAUGUGACAAAUAAGAAACAUGAAGAUGUUAGCAGCAAUCAUUCCGAAGUAGAUACGGACGUUCAAUUUGCCUUGAUGUCAUGUAUUUUAAAUCCAAAUAUAAUGAGAAUAAAUCUUGAAGUAAAGAAGUGCAUAUCCAAUAUCUUUGCAAGCAAAAUUGCUCUUCCACAACCAUCGCUGCUAGUUGCUGGUAUAGUGUAUUUCCUCUUUCAAGGUACAACAGAAGAGGUGAACUGGGCAAAUCUGAUAUGCGCUACGAUACCAAAGCUUCAUUCGGACAAUCAAGAGACUGUGACUAUACCUCCAUUCUUGGAAGAGUUUAAAAUUUGGUUCUAUCAAAUCCAGAAUGCAAAACAUUUCAGUAACGAAAGUUGCAUAAAAUUUUGGGACAAUUUUCUCCUCUUGGAGAAUAUGAUCAGUAACCAGUUGCUAAUUCUGGACUUUAACUCACCUCAAGAUCUCGAGCUAGCUUCUAUUCACCAGAACCUAAGGCUCUAUCCUCUAGUUAGAGUUUUAUUGAACCACAUAAUGGCAGGUUUGAAUGAACCUCUACCAGUAUUAUUUAAGGCGUUCCAUGUGUAUUUAACUAGACUAGGUACAGAAUUUUGGUCAUUUGCUCCUUAUUACACUUUCAAUAACAUUAUAGAUACGAUUUUGCUGAAUCCAAAUUUAAUGAGCUUUAUGCAAAGCAACUCGGCGUACAGAAAUGAUGAUAUACUUUUAUGGAUAGAACCAUUUAUGAAGUCAUUAUAUGGACCUCAACAUCAAAGUGCUGGAGUUAGAUUGGGGCAAUUUUUGGUGCAACAAAAGGGAUUUAACAAUGAAAUUGCUUGUAAUUUGGGAUGCGAAUUGCUCUUGCAAUGUAUCAAGGGAAAGCAUCCUCCAACAAUUGGAACUGCGAGCUAUACAUCUGACACUCUAUUGAGAAGAGAUUGCAGAGCAGCAAUUGACAAUAUGUCAAGAAUCAUUGUCAACAACUGCUACCCACGGUUCUCAGCGGCAAUGCAACUUAUUUGCUCUUCAAUCAACUACGACAUAUCGAGUUUGGGUCACCAUUCGAAUCUUUUGCGAAGUGGGACAAUACCAAGAUCAUUUGAUACAUUCCCCUUACUUUGGAUUGAGCUAUUAAAAUUAGACAAUCGUGAUAUAAAUAUUCUUGUGGGUGUGAUAGAGGCAUUUAAGUUUGUUAGAACUAUAAUCAGAUUUGAGGCAAAGAAAAACAACGAAACUAUAGAUAAACAGCUAGGAACUGCUCUUAUUCAGCAUAACAAGAAUGUUGAUAGUAUAUUAGAAUUUGUGGGCAAAUGGUUAGACAAAACUAUCUUAAUGGAGCCUCUGAUUGUGGAACAGGGUCUCUUUCUGGACGAUGCUUAUAGUGAACUUUCCGAAAGCUAUUGGUCUUGUAUUUUUUCACCUCAGACAAACCAAGCUGCUGUAGAUAUUUUGUAUCACGUCUUUGAAGAAGAUGGAGGUAGAUUGGAAUCUAUGCGCUCAUUAUUUAAACGAGUCAAUUUGAAAUACACUUUGAAUGCUAUAAAUUGCAGUUUGUCAACUUUGACUACACUAGAAGCAUUUGAACCAUCUCCUAAGGCAGUCAGAAUAUUGAUGGAUGUUAUGGAUGCUUUAACGGAUCCUUUAUAUGGAGUUUUAAUCUCCUAUAAAGGAGACUUGGGAAUUGAAGAAUUUAACUUAUUCUGGAAGUAUUCCUGGAAAUUUCUUACUAUGAUCUAUAAGGGGGCUUUGGUGUGGGCAAAUCAAUAUCACAUCGAAAUGCUUAUAGAAUUUACUCGAGACACACUUGACUUGAGUAGAAGAUUGUUAGAUUCAUAUUCAAUGAUUUCAGAAUUGGUCAAAGAGGAAAGUCUUGCUUCCGAUUUUAUGGAUGCAAUGCAGUAUGUAAUUGUUUGGCUAAGAUUAGGAGAUGUGUCCUUGUUGAAUUCGUGUGUUGAUCUUGUGUUUAAAGCGUUGGAUUUAUCACUGGAGCUGAAAUUUUCAGUAAAUAAAGAUUUUUUGAUCAACUUUACGAAAUAUGGUGCUAAAGCUAAGAAAUUUAACAAUAAACUUUCCGAAAUCCAAAGGUUACAAAUAUUAGCCAAAGCAAGAGAAUAUGAUGACGGAUUGGUGGAUGAAAUUAUAUGGGAAGUUCAAGAGCAAAGGCAAAAGUCGAAGGCAGCGAGUACCAUCGCAACAGACACUCCUUCAUUGACAAAUCAAAAGACACCAAUUCAACAAGAGGGUGCAAUCUAUAAAUAUCAAUCUCACUUGAAGCAGCCUAGACAGCAAACUCUAGGACGAUUUGGUGUUGUCACAAAAGAGCCUAUUCUUGCACCGGCGACACAAUCUAAAAACUUUCAAUCAAAUUCAAUUGAAUCCAUAAGAAAAUCAUUGCAACAGACUAGAAAACCAGGUGAGACUGCCAAUAGAGCUAAUACAUUACUGCCGACAGUAGCACCCGCACUCCCAAGACCAGCGGGAUUUAAUUCUAAGGGUGCUACAGUAGUAGGAAGGUCCUUAAAUACGCUCAAAAAAGCAAAAAAGUCUUCUGAUUCAGACUCUUCGGAAGAAGAGGACGAAGAGAGUCAAGGAAAUGGAGUAGACUUUUCAGAUUUAUUCGUAGAAAAGAGAAAAAAAGCAAAGGUAGUUGAAGUUGACUUAUCAGGUCGCCCAAUAUUAUCAAAACAUGCCUCAAGUUUAAGUAAGCAAUUAAGCGAUAAGCGCAAGGAAGAGGAAAGAAUGAGAAUGAGAUUAAACGUUAAUUUGAAACCUCUCUAUUUAACUAUUUUGAAAUGGAAUUAUAAUUCUAUUAGUGAAUUUCCUACCAAAGAAACUGACUUUUAUCGGGCGACAAAAGAUACUUAUGCAGAUGCCAAGGAUUAUAUCAAGACAACCGAGCCUUUAUUAAUGCUCGAAUGCUGGCAAGGAAUUCAGUCGACGAAACAAACCGGUAACGAGAUACCCUUUGAACUUUCCAUUGGGAGCAGAACACUGUGUGAUGGUUUCUUUGAUGUUUAUGCUUCCAUUAGAAAGGAUGUCCUCCAAGAAAGAAAAAUUGGAGACUCCGAUUUGUUAGUUUUGGGCCACUUGGAAGGACAAGAAGGAACUAAUACUGCCAAGGGCGCGAUUGCAUAUCUUAAGAAUCAGUCUAGUAUCACUUGCUUAGCUAAGGUAAGAGAAAUUAAACUGGCAAAUAUUGAUUUUGCCGACAUAACAAUCCGAGUUUACCCGCAAGGUUCAAUGAUGGGUGUUUUAACUCCCAAAAGUGUGGUAACUGGAAUGAAGGUUAUGCAAAUGAUAACAAUCGAAAGAGAGUAUUCUUCAUUGAAAGGAGUAGAAUAUUAUGAUUUGGCUGAUAGAAUAUUUCAAGCAAAGCCUGAAGAGCCUAUUGAAGUUAGCGAGAAAGAAUCACUUGAAAUGGAAAAGGUUUACGGCGUGAAUAAAUCGCAAGCUAGGGCCAUCAUAGGAACAUAUGGAAGGGAAGGAUUUUCUUUGAUCCAAGGUCCACCAGGUACAGGUAAGACGAAGACGAUUUUGGGAAUAGUAGGCUAUUAUUUAAGUAAAGGAGAAAACGAUGGUGCAAUUAGAAUUGAAAAGGAAGAAAAUUCGAAGGGAGAAGGAACUGGCCCAAAGAUUUUAGUUUGUGCUCCAUCAAAUGCUGCAGUUGAUGAGCUUGUACUUCGUUUAAGGAGUGGAGUUCAGAAUCAUAAAGGUGAAUCCAUUUCUCCAAGAGUAGUCAGAAUGGGUAGGAGUGAUGCUAUUAAUGCAUCUGUGAGAGACCUUACAUUGGAAGAAUUAGUCGAUAAAGAAUUGCAAGCAAAACAACAGGAAAGUACUACCUCAAAUGAUCCAAAAAUUCGUGAAGAGCACACAAAAUGCAUUUCUGAAAGAAAUAUGUUAAGGGAGAGAUUGAGUAGCCCAGACUUGAAACCAGAUGAGAUACUGAAACUAGAGGAACAAAUGCGAGACGUUAAUAAGAGGAGAAAUGAGUUAGGAAAGAAAUUGGAUGAACAAAGAGAACGUGUAUCAAUUGCGUACCGUACUAGAGAAAUUGAAAGGAGACAGAUCCAGGCAAGAAUUUUGAAUAAAGCACAAAUUAUUUGCUCAACUUUGUCAGGAUCUGCUCAUGAUUUCCUUGCAGCCCUAUCUAUUAAGUUCGAUCAGGUAAUUAUAGAUGAAGCUUGUCAAUGUGUUGAAUUAUCAGCAAUUAUCCCAUUGAGGUAUGGAUGUAAAAAGUGCAUCAUGGUUGGUGAUCCUAAUCAAUUGCCUCCUACCGUUUUAUCACAGAAGGCUGCCUCCUUAAAUUAUGAGCAAUCUUUAUUUGUAAGAAUGCAAAAGCUUCAUCCUAACUCCGUUUAUUUGUUGGACGUACAGUAUCGUAUGCAUCCUGAUAUUUCAUUAUUCCCAAGUCGAGAAUUCUAUGGUGGUAAAUUGCACGAUGGGCCCGCAAUGGAUGUCAAAAAUUCUAGAGAAUGGCAUAAGGUAUUUCCUCUUUCUCCAUACAGAUUCUUCGAUGUAGUUGGUAGACACCAACAGAAUUCGCAAUCUAAAUCUUUAUUUAAUCAAUCAGAGGCCCAAAUAGUUCUAGAGAUGGUGGAAAAGUUGAUGCAGAUGCUUCCUCAGAAAUCAUUUGGGGGGAGAAUUGGUGUCAUAUCCCCUUACAAAGAACAAAUUAGAACGUUGAAGAAUCUAUUCAGAAAUAAAUACGGAAUUGGAAUCCUAAAUGAAAUUGAUUUCAACACAGUUGAUGGAUAUCAAGGACAAGAAAAGGAAAUUAUUAUCAUGUCAUGUGUUAGGGCCAGCUCGACUGGUAAUGUUGGAUUUUUAAGUGAUGUUCGAAGAAUGAAUGUUGCAUUGACAAGAGCAAGGACAUCUCUAUGGAUCCUCGGGAACAAGGAGUCGUUGAUGCGAAAUAAUGUUUGGAACCAUCUUAUUAAGAAUGCCGAAGACAGAAGCCAAGUUACGACUGCCUAUCCUGGAUUUAUGAAAAAUCUAGGCAAUGGAACAAUUCCUAAAUUUGCUAAGCAAAUAAGAAAGGAUUCAAGUGGACCAACCCAAGAUGAGUUAGUGGAAGAUGAACCAAGAAAUUCGUCAACCAAUCAAUUGCUGAACUCCAAUUCAAUUCAGCCGUCCAGCAAGGGCGAACUUCCACCCCAAAAAGUUAACCAAAAUAGGGAAAAUAAAAUUCAACCUACGAAGUCAAACAUCUUUGAGCCUUCAACAGAUUUAAAUACAGUCAAACUGUCCAGAAAUCAUAAAAUUAAAGUAGUUCACACGAAUGAAAAUGCUAAAUCCUUGUCGACAACGGUACUUGACCCAAAACCUUCAAAUUCUGGAGUUAUUCAAAAGGCAUCCCCUAACUUACCAGUAAAGCCAUCUGCUCCUCCAAGUAGCACUAAUCCUACUAAUUCGGGCACACUUCCGCCCAGAAAAAGACAGGAGCCCUCUAUAUUUUUGCAAUCCAACCGGAAGAAGAAGAGGCGCCCUCAACCAUAA